CGUAUUGGUGAAAAUGAAUAAAAACUUGACAACUGGUCGAUGAAAUUCAUUGAUUGAAUUACAUGUGAACUGAGUGCCCAGAGGAAAAUUUUAAAUAAAUUACUCGGAUUUGAGACAUUCUCUCUCACUUUUAAACUUUUGGAUACAAGGAAUCAUGCGGCUGGCAUUAUGUUUUGUGUGCCUCAGUGUGGCAGUACACUAUUCUUUCGCCCAGAACUCGGGCAGCGACUUCAAUUUCGGUCUCUUUGGUAGCGGCGGCGGUGGUGCAGGCGGAGCACCCGCCGCAACCGGCGCAACGAAUCAAACUCCAGGACUUGUCAGCGCAAAUCCUACCGCACUUGGUACACCUGGUGGUGGGUUACAACAGAAUGGAUUACAAAACACGGGAUUAAAUCAGAACCAGGGUAUGAACGGACAAAAUGGACUUGGCCAAAAUCAGAUGAUGAAUGGACAGACCGGCAUGAUGAAUCCCAACGGUAUGGCAAUGCCCGGACAAAAUGGUAUGAUGCAGAACGGUAUGCAGAGCGGUAUGAUGCAAAAUGGCAUGCAAAAUGGUAUGCAAAACGGUAUGCAAAAUGGCAUGAUGCAGAACGGUAUGCAGAACGGUAUGAUGCAAAAUGGUAUGCAGAACAAUAUGAUGGGAAAUGGUAUGCAAAAUGGAAUGAUGCAGAACGGUAUGUCCCAGAAUGGUAUGAUGCAGAAUGGUAUGUCCCAGAAUGGUAUGAUGCAGGGCAAUAAUAUGAUGCAGAACGGUAUGAUGCAAAAUGGAAUGCAACAAAAUGGAAUGAUGCAGAACGGUAUGAUGCAGAACGGUAUGCAACAAAAUGGAAUGGUUAAUGCCGGUGGAGCAACCUUCCAGGAUCCUACAAGAAUGGGUCGAUUAGGAAACAACCUUAACCAACUUGGAUUCGAUGCCAACAGCCAGGCCAAUCUUUUCCAGAACCAGCUUACUCCCCAAAAUAUGCCACGAUUUGGAAUGCAGCAGACACAAUUCGGUCAAGGUCAGUUUGGCCAGCAGAUGUCACCGUUCGGACAACAAAUGCCAUUUGCAACUCCCUUUGGCGCCCAGUUUGGAAGUCCCUUCACCAGUCAGCCAGGGUUUGGUAUGUUCCCUGAUCCAAUGAUGAAUGCUUUUGCUCCAAAUCCUUUCCAGAUGACCACGGGGCCGAUGAUGGGACCAGGCCCAAUGGGAUCAAUGUUCAUGCCAGGAAUGGAAAUGAGCAACCUGAUCUUUGACGCAAGCGGAAAUGUGGUCGGAACUACCGGAAGUGCGAUUGGUCUUUCGCAGACAGGUGGAAUGACACAAGGGGGUACUGGACUGGCUCAAACAACAGGCAAUAGUUUUGUGUUCCCUCAGCCUACUCAGACCAUGCUGCCUGUAACAAAUGGUAUAGCCCUACCCGGAGGGUUCGGCUCUACUACAAUUUCUGCUAAUCCAGCUAUUAUUGGUAUGGGUCAAUUUGCGCAGACCCAAGGAUUAACUCAGGGUGGGUUGAUGCCUCAGAAUGCGGGUCAGAUGCAAGGAAUGCAAACCAACUUUGGAGGUAGUGCUUUGCGACCACAGUCUGGGAACACCAGAUUCGCUUCAAACACGCUUCAGGGACAAAUGAUGCCUUCAAAUAUGCAAUCUAUAAACAGUAACACGAACGCUUUGAGGACAAUGAAUAAUGCACGACAAGCCCACACGAAUAGCUUUGCUUUAAAUAAUAAUGGAAUGCCUAUUAACACUAACAUUGAACCAUUUAGUGGCAUCGUGCCUAACCAAGGCGGCACGGUUCUUAAAGACCCGAAUGCCAUGAAUACAGGAAGAAACAGUGCUGCUCCGAACCCUAUCAGUAGCAACACAAACUUUGCAAAUGCGAAUAAUGUUAAAUCGAACUCUGCUUUUACAAAUAUGCUUAAUACAAACACUGGUAGUGCUAAUACUGGUUUAAGAAACACGCUUAGUACUAACUCUGGUAAUGUUAAUAAUGGAUUACCAAACAUGCUUAAUUCAAACACUGCCAGUGCUAAUAAUGGCUUUACAAACACGCUUAAUUCGAACAGUGCUAAUACGAAUGUUUUAGGUAGCAAUACGCAAUCAUCAAAUAUUAAUAAUUUGUUGUCAGGAUGAAAUCGUCAUUUUUAGCGUAUGAGAUUGCGUAUUUCUACUUAUAACUGAAUUGCUUGUACAAAUCAUGCUUAUAGAUACUAACUUAUUAUAUAUGUGCACUUUUUUUUAAAAAAAGGUUAUGCUGAAACUUGAUAAAAACGAUCUUAAGAUAAAAUAAUGUUUAUUUCGAUAUUACAAACUAAAUAUUAACUGUUAUAUAAAAGUGUUAAAAGCUAGUUCAUUAAAAUCUUGAAAAUAGCCCGUGAACGUUUAAGUUAUCAUGUUUCGAGAUAUAUUUUAAAGUUACAGCACUUAAAUUGAAAAUUCAGUAUAAGUAAAGACAUUAUUCUGCAGAAUAUUUAAAAAAAAGACUAUUUCUCUUUUAAUUUGAUUAUUAACAAAAUAUUUAGAGUAAAGAAAGUUUUUUUUUUUAUUUCACUGCCGGACAAUAUUCAAUCUGUUGUAAAAUGUUGCCUUUAAUUAAGAUGUGCUACAGGCACUGCAAAUAGCAGUCAAAAAGGGUGGUUAGUUUAUUUCUGAAAAAUU